CGAAAACUGCGGAACUUCUAGUUUGAGAGGAUUACUUAUUUCUCUGCGCUACACGUGGCGGUAUGAUUAGCGGUUUUCCGCUUUAAAGAUCAGUGAUUCAUGUAUCUGAUUGGUUGACAUUUUGGAUUAGUUUGAAAAUGAACAUUUCUCGAGAUUUAUUUAUUAUUUUUCUUUACCUCUUCCUCGAUGUUGUAACUGUAAGUUUAAUUUUUCCAUGGCUGCCUUCUCUUCUAGAGGCGUUUGAGCUGGAACAGGAAUGGUUUUAUAUUUUGUGUAGGCGGUACAUCCAACAACUUGGUUUGAUAUUAGGGGUUCAAGAAAACUCCCUAUGGGAUACAGUUUUCCUUGGAGGUAUUCUAUCGUCAUCUUCGUCAUUGGCACAAUUUAUUUCAUCACCCUUUGCAGGCGCUUUGUCAGACCUAUGUGGAAGAAAGUCGGUUUUAGUGGUGCUUCAGGUUUUUCUUCUCCUCGUUAAUAUUCUUUGGUUAUGCUUUGGUAAAUCAUUUUUAUGGUUACUGAUAUCUCGUAUACUAUGUGGUGCUGCACGAGCAAAUGUUGGUGUUAUUUCAGCGCUUGUUAGUGACAUCAGCAGCAAUACACUACGUACCAAAGGAAUGGCCGUUGUUGGAUUGGCUUAUGGUAUUGGUUUUACUGUAGGACCUCCAUGUUCAGUUAUUCUGCUUAGUCGAUGGAACACAUCUACAACACCAGAACACUUGAGCUUUGUACUUGGUUGCACUUGUGUAUUCAUUAACUGCAUAAAUCUACUCAUUUUACUCCUUAUUCUUCCAACUCCACUGCAAAAGCGCGGCGAUUUCAAUCAGUCAAUAACUCAAGCGCUUCGCCUUGUUAAUCCAGUGAAGUUAUUCUCUUUUUCCGGUACAACAAGAAAUCCCAGAGAUGACAAGUCAUUACAUCGCUUAGCAUGUUUCUGGUUCGCUUAUUUGUGCGUAUUCUGUGGUAUAGAAUAUACGCUAAUAUUCUUAGCUCGAGUGCGGUUUAAUUUCACAAGUGCAGAUCAAAGCAAAAUGUUUGGUUUUGUUGGCAUACUGAUGAUGGUAGUUCAAGGUGGGUUCAUCCGUCGUUUUAGACUUGGCGGAGAAGAUAAUGCAAUUACUUAUGGCACAUGUUUUCUUAUUCUGGCAUCCAGCAUUUUCAGUUUGUCUACAAGUUUCUGCAUGUUCUAUAUUGGACUAGCAUCAUAUGCAUUUGCUUCUUCCAUUUUCUUCCCAAGCGUGAAUGGCUUAGUUUCUCUGUACACCACUAGUGAACAACAAGGACAUACUUUGGGAAUUUUUCGUUCAUUGAAUGCAUUGGCUCGUGUACUUGGUGCAGCAUUCGUGACCAUUGCUUUUUGGAUCUUUGGACCAAGUAUCUGCUACCUGAUUUGCGCCUUUUUCUUAGCUUUGUUGUUCAUUUAUAAGAAGACAUUUUGGAAGAUAUAUCCACUCGAACAAGAAUACACAAAAUUGAAGAAAUGAGCUGAUGAUCUAUUCCGUCUCUUUAAUUCAACCCCAGUCUCUAAACUACUUACCUCACGUAUUUCAGUACCCGUGUUUCUAAUUGCUUUAAAACUUUGUGUACUUUAAGUUUAAUCUUGAAGUUUCAGCCAACGAAUUACAUUCAGAUGAAAAACUUUUCAAACAAUGUAUUUACCGAUAAGACCAUUUCUACAAAGUGACUCUUCCUAUGAGUUCCUCGAUUCAUUUAAAGUUACCUUAAUUAUUCCGACUUCACUGGAUUGGUUAGUUCAAUGUACUGAAUUCCUUGCAGUGUGACAAGUAUCGCAGUAUUCCACUAAAUUGACAGAUUCAGCGAAGAAAAUUUUCUUUAUCGACGAAAU